UCCCAUCACACAGCCGCACAACACUACGUUAAUAAAUAUACUCGAGACCCAGAGACGCUCAGUCGACGCACCUUGCGCCACCACGACACACGAUGUUCUUCUACUUAUUCGUGACGCUUAUAGCCGUCACUUACUACAUCAUCACACGUAAAUAUGACUACUGGCAGAAAAAGAAAGUAGCACACAAAAAACCUACUUUCGUACUCGGCAACUAUGGAGACAUCAUUCUGCAGAAGAAAAAUUUUGGGAUUGUUCUUCAAGAUCUUUGCAAUGAAUUUCCUGAAGAGAAAUUUAUUGGAGCAUUCCAUGGAACCGAACCAGUACUGAUCCCAAAAGAUCCUGAAAUCAUCAAGCUUAUUGUGACGAAAGACUUCGCCUAUUUCAGUGGAAGGGACUUGUCUGAGCACAACCACCGGGACCCCGCUUCCUUGAACCUGUUCGCCACUCACGGAGACAAAUGGAAGGUGUUGCGACAGAACUUGACACCAUUGUUCUCAUCUGCUAAGAUGAAGAACAUGUUCCAACUCAUUGCGAACUGUUCACAUGUUUUUGAGAAAAUGUUGGAUCGUGAAACAAAGAUAUCACAGGAGCAAGAAGUUAGAAUGCUAACAUCGAAAUAUACUAUGGAAUGUAUAGGAACUUGUGCUUUUGGCGUAGAUACGAAAACUAUGACAGAGAAUAAAUCCGAAAAUCCCUUCAUAAAAAUUGCUGAUUUCUUCAAUCCUCCAAAAAGUGCAGUCUACUUAAGACAUAUCCGAUCUAUGUGGCCGUCAAUAUUUUAUUUGUUCGGUGGUCGACUGCUCAAGAAACAGCUGGAGUUCUUCCACAACCUGAUUACUUCUGUAAUGGCUAGCCGAGACUAUAAAUUUACAGGAAGGAAUGAUUUUGUCGAUCUCAUAAUGGGCUGGAAGCAAAACCAUCAAAUCACAGGAGACAGUAUAAGUAACAUAAAAAGUAAUGAACAUAAGAAAGUAACUUUAGAAGUUAACGACGACUUGUUAGUUGCGCAGUGCUUCGUGUUCUUUGCUGCUGGAUUCGAAACAUCAUCAAGCACUCUGAGUUACACUCUGUAUGAGUUAGCCAAGAACCAGGACAUACAAGACAAAGUGUUAGCAGAGGUGGACGCAUAUUUAGUUCGCCAUGAAAACAAACUGAAAUACGUCUGUAUUACUGAUCUGCCGUACUUGGAUGCUGUGUUAGACGAAACUCUGCGUUACUAUCCCCUGCUGGGUAUGAUCCCGCGGGAGUUGAUGGAAGAUUACGUGAUGCCGAAUGGUGUGAAGUUAGAGAAACACUUGCGUGUACAUCUGCCUGUAUAUUAUCUUCAUCACAACCCGGAGUACUUCCCCGAGCCUCACGUUUUCCGUCCGGAGCGAUUCUAUGGCGAAGAGAAGAAGAAGAUUAAUCAGUACGCUUACCUGCCUUUUGGAGAAGGACCUAGGACAUGUAUAGGAAAUCGUUUCGCGAAGAUGCAAAUGAUAGCUGGUCUUAUUACGAUGCUGAAGAAAUACCGUCUAGAACUAGCUGACAACAUGCCCAGGACUGUCACGUUCAAGGCUCAGAGUUUCCUCACACACCCUGAAGGUGGAAUCUAUGUGAAAUUCAUCGAAAGAGAAGGAUGGGAGAACAGAGUUUUUGUGAAGUGAGAAAGUUGGUUUUAAGAAGGUGUCACACACUCCUACAUUUCCAGACGAUGACGUUUUUAAUUUUAAUUUUAUGAAGCCUACAAGUAGAGUCUGCGCCACGAUUCAAGUUCGAUAGGAAUGGCGCUAGUGUCUAUGCAAGUAGUUAGUGCAAAAAAAAAUAUCCAAAUUGAGAACCUCCUUUGGGAAGUUUGGUUAAAAAUAAAUAGUUCCAUAAUUUUCAGCCGGACUUGAGUCGUGGCGCAGAUUCUACUUGUGUUCCUAAGUGCGUGGUAGUGUGUGAUCCGUCUAUGUUGAUAAUUAAAAUAAUGGUACUGAAAAUGUGUAGUAAAUAGAAAUUGAUGCAAGACCAUUUUAUCAUUUUUCCUAUUCUUUAUAUAAUAAAUUGUGAUUUUAUACCAAUGGAUAAAAUAUCUUUAUGGUGAAUGAAUUAUAUUUAUUUUUGAUAAUUUUAAGUUAAUAAACAGCUACUGCUGUGAUAUUAUUAUUAAGGAAAGAUGUUUUGUAAUUUAAAUUAAUUAUUUUUUAUUACAAUUUACCUCAUUAGGUAAACAUAUAAAUAAAUAAGUACUUACUGAAGACAAUACUAUUAAUUAUUGCGAGAUUAAAUAAGUGAUAAAUAUUUUUAGAUAAAUACAUUUCUUUCGAUAAUA